AUGUAUGAAGUUACAAUAAUCAGUAAACAAGAUAGUUCGGAUGCUAUUCUAAACCAAAAUUCAAAGGAAAAAAUUGUUAAAGAAACAAACAGAAGAAUUGUGAAUUUUAUUGAGAAGUGGAAGCAAAAGCAAAUUCUAAAAUUGACAUCAUCAACAGAAGAUUCUAGUGAUACAUGGGUAUUUCCAUUGAUACAAAUGGGUGAAUUUAAUGUAACACAAGAUGAACAUGCAACUUGCAAUAUUCUAGAAUCAGCACCUAAAGGUUCUUAUAUCCGAUUAGCUACUGGUUAUUUUAAUUUAACGGAAAACUAUGCAAAAAUUCUUUUAAAAUAUUGUAAAGCUAAUAUAAGCUUGUUAAUGGCUCAUCCAAAUGCUAAUGGAUUUAUGGGAGCCGCUGGUCCAGCAGGGGGAAUACCACAUGCAUAUUCUUUAAUAGCAAGAAAGUUUUGGAUAAAAGUUGCUGAUACCAAUCAAGCAAGUCGAAUAUGUAUGUUGGAAUAUGAGCGACCAAACUGGACAUUCCAUGCCAAAGGAUUAUGGUAUUAUCCACCUGGCAGUAACAGGCCAUGGGCAACAGUUAUUGGUUCGGCUAAUCUAGGAGAAAGAUCUGUACGUCGGGAUCUUGAGGCUCAGGCUGCAAUUUUUACCACAUCAUCAGAAUUACAGGAAAGGCUGCACAAAGAAUGUCUCGAACUACACAAAUACGCAUCCGAAUGCAGUAAGGCACUGCAGGAACGUCAGGUUCCUUUAUGGGUUCAAGCUGUAGUAGGCUUGUUCAGAACCUAUUUCUAA